AGACCCUUUUUUCGAUUUCCUUAAUUUUGACACCGCUGUAGCUGCCGCCACCAACCCCAACAACAAGGUUCAGUCACCACUUCCUGAGAUCCCAGGAGAUAACAACAACAAAGUGGCAGCAUGUGACGAGGUACUAGGAAUGGAAAAAAUGGUGGUUGGUGGUGCAGAAGAUAAGAAGCAGCCCGAGAGGAAACUUAAGAACGUGUACAGGGGAAUCAGGCGCAGGCCCUGGGGAAAGUGGGCCGCGGAGAAAAGGGAUCCACACAAAGGGGCCCGUGUCUGGCUCGGCACUUUCAACACUGCCGAGGAGGCUGCUAGGGCCUACGACAUCGCUGCUAUACACAUCCGAGGAAACAAAGCCAAGCUCAAUUUUCCGAAUACUAUCAAGGACAACGGCGUCGAAGUCCUUCCAUUGGCUAAGAAACCAUGCCUUAGCGAUGAGACCCAAUUUCCCAUGUUAACACCUCUCUCUGCCACGUUUGACAGUGAUGAUGGAAGCAUGGAGGGAUGGGAAUUCAACCUGACACAGCAGAUGUCGGGUCUUGAAUGGCUCCUUGGAUUGGAGAAUGAGCAACCAUCCCAAAUGGGGGGUGAUGAUGUCUUUUCGAACAACCUUAACAACAACAAUGAUAGCACGCCAAAAACAAUAACAACAUGGACCUGUGGAUGCUAGCUGACGUGGUUAUACCCAACUGUUAUGCCCAAACGUUUUGCGGACAAUAAUCCUCACUUGGAAAAUACAACACCCGUGGUGCAUGGAUUUUACUUAGGCUUAUUAGUAGCAUUCCGUAUCUUCUUAGAGUGGAUACUAUUGUAUAAAACUAUGUGAAAAUUGUGAUAGUUGAGUGCUCGAGUUUUUGUUGUUGAUGUUGUUAUCUGGCUUUCUUUUCUUUCUUUUUUUUUUUUCUGAUGAUCAAAUGAUUUUUGUUUGGAUUGUAAUACGGUGAUGAUUAUGAUUAUGUGCGUAUAAAUAGAAAGGGAAUUAAGUAUUACGCC